AUGGUGACGUCAGACGACUAUAGUCCAGCUGUGGGUGUAAUCAACUGGAUUAUGAUGUGCUCAACCGUCUUGAGCGUGUGCGCACAGCUUGGUAUGAAGCUAUUUGUUACUAGAGAGCUUAAUCUAGACAACCUAGUUAUCUCCUUAGCUAUGGUAUGAUUCUUCUAAGUUUGUUUUACUAAUACUUACCAUACUCAGCUCUUCAGCAUUGGCCAGUCUAUCGCACUGGCAGUCUUGAAUGCCAAUGGCUUGGGAAUGCAGCCUAACACCUUAACGUCCUCAAAAAUCAUGAUUUACUCCAAGGUUAGUCCCUUUUCAUAUGGUUCUUCUUAGAGAUUUUCUGUUACGGAAAGCAGUUCUCUAACUUCAGUUGUAGGCUGUGUACGCAUCAGACUUGCUUUUUAUAAUCAAUUUAGCGCUUUCGAAAGCCUCCACUCUCCUUCUCCUACGACAGAUUACCCCAGUAAUGCUGCAUCGCAGAGUAGCUCUAGGCACCAUCCUCUUUGUCGCUUUGUGGGGUGUAAUUAGUGUCUUUGCGAGUUCUUUUCAAUGUACAACUCCAAAUACGUGGGAAAUAAUGGGUUCAAAGUGUUUUGAUAGAGUAAGGUUCUGGUUUCAGCUGCGUAUCAAUUAUAUCUAAUUGGUGUAGGUUGCAUUUUGGACUUAUUUUGGUGUCACAAAUAUUAUGACUGAGGUCCUAGUGAUUGGACUUCCAUUUGGUUUCCUCUGGGCUGUCCACAUAAGCCAGAAACAACGUUGGAUCAUCUUUGCUUGUUUGGGAGUAAGAGUUAGGUAAGUCAGCAAAGAACGUACUCGCAUCUCUGAAUAUUUUCAGUUAACAAAUCCAGCAUAAUCGGUGCUGUAAUUGCUCAACUCUUCUUCUUGCACCACGACAAGUCCUCGCUUGACUUUGGUAGAUGGCCUUACUAUAUUUGCAUGAUAUUUGUACAAAGUCUCAGUUUAAUUAAAGCCUGCUUCCCCUUUGUCAAAAACUUCAUGCUUGGGCUUGAAUCUGGAAUGAUACGGAUUGACAACCAAGAAAUACGACGGAAAAUGAGCGCUGCUGACUAUCUCUCCUCAGGCAGCAACCAAGGCACUAAAUACUUGAAACGCACAGGAUCAGUAGCUAAUGGUGCGACUAUGAGCUCACCUCAAGAAGGCCUCAGCAUGGAGCUGACUGAGAUUGAUAACAUGAGGCCAGAGCCAAUAGAUCACAGGACUACAAUUUCUACUACACCAGGGCGACCAGAAACUGGAAGUGAGAGUAGCUUUGAAGGAAGAAUCAGAGCGACAACUGAGAUUUCAGUAAAUCAUGGUGGUUGA